AAGGAAGGCGGGGCUAUGGCGAGAGGGCGACGACGUCGAAGGUUUCUAUGACAAAUAAACAAACAAACAAACAAACAAACAAAGCAGAGCAAAGAAAGCGACCAUCCAAAAUAGGAGGGCAUACGUCGAUGCAUCAUCACCGCAACAUCUGACAUUCUCUCGAACAGCACCAAAAUCUCCCACUCUUUCUCUGGCUCCGUCCUUCCCUUCCAUCGCCCCCUCCCCCACCCCCCGCUCACAUCCCACCCUGGGCUGGAUAAGGUUCUUGCUCACGAUCCACCGCAAACAUCGUUACUCCCCUCGCUACGCCCAAUUGCUCCCCAAUUUUCUCACCUCCUUCUUCAUCAUUCCCCGCUUGUUUCGUUGCGCAUGCUCUCAGUCCUCGCGUGCAAUUCUCUGGGUUCCUGCUGGGCCUUGGUCGCUUGAGGUUUGUAGGGAUUGGUGAGAUUGAUUGGGGAAUUCGCGGCGCAGCUAUGGUGGCGUGUGCUGCUUCUGCAUCUGUCUAUGCAGGGGCAAGCACGACGUUGGGGGUGAUUACAGGGGGGAGUGUUGUUGCCCGAGGGGCGAGUGGCGCCGCGCCUGGAGCUGUGUUCUGUAGCUGCUCUUCGUCGUCGUCGUCGUCGGAGGCGUGGAUUGGGUUUCGGCAGCAUGGCGCUCUUCGGUCCGAUGGAGUGGGCAGCAUUAGGGGAUUGGCCUCCGGGGUAUUCGCCAGAAGGUUUAGGGUGCAUGUUGCAGGGCAGAGAAUGGGGAGUAGCUCGAGGACAGGGGCGCGCAGCGCUGGAGUCCCGCGUGCGGACGUUGCUGCUGGGGAGAAGCGGUCUGGCACUGCAGAGCCGGUUGGUGGCGUGGAGAACCUAGUUAUUAUUGGUUCAGGACCAGCAGGUUACACAGCAGCAAUUUAUGCUGCCAGAGCCAAUUUGAAACCAGUAGUUUUUGAAGGGUACCAAAUUGGAGGAGUACGAGGAGGUCAGCUGAUGACAACCACCGAAGUUGAAAACUUUCCAGGUUUCCCUGAAGGGGUUACUGGACCCGAAUUGAUGGACAGGAUGAGAAAGCAAGCUGAGCGAUGGGGUGCGGAAUUAAGAACGGAGGAUGUAGAGUAUGUGGAUGUUCGAAAUCGACCUUUCACAGUCCGAAGUAGUGAUAGUGAGGUUAAGUGUCACAGCAUAAUCAUUGCGACGGGUGCCACAGCUAAACGACUUGGAUUGCCUCGAGAGCAUGAAUUCUGGAGCAGGGGUAUCAGCGCUUGUGCAAUCUGCGAUGGUGCAUCUCCUAUUUUUAAAGGUCAAGAGCUAGCAGUGGUGGGCGGAGGUGACACUGCAACGGAAGAAUCCCUGUAUUUGACAAAGUAUGCUGCUCAUGUUCAUCUAUUGGUUCGAAAAGAUAAACUCCGCGCCUCGAAAGCUAUGCAAGACAGAGUUAUCAAUAAUCCAAAUAUUACUGUCCACUUCAACACAGAGACAGUGGAUAUCGAGGCUGAUGAUAAAGGACAAAUGGGAGGACUCAGGCUUCGAGAUCUGGUUACUGGCGAAGGGAGAUCAUUGAAAGUCCGAGGACUGUUUUACGGCAUCGGACACAGCCCGAAUAGUCAGCUCUUGGAAGGCCAGGUUGAGCUUGAUGACGCCAGUUACGUGGUUGUUGAGCCUGGAACGACCAAUACAUCAGUAGAGGGAGUUUAUGCUGCUGGAGACCUUCAGGAUCAUGAGUGGAGACAAGCCAUCACAGCUGCUGGAUCAGGUUGUAUGGCAGCAUUGUCUGUUGAACGAUAUCUCGCUGCUAAUGACCUCCUUGUGGAGUUCCACCAACCUGCUCAGGAGGAAGUCAAGAAGAAAGAGCUUACGAAGGAGGAUAUCGACCAGAAAUUUGACAUAACAAUGACGAAACACAAAGGCCAGUAUGCGCUUCGAAAGCUUUACCAUGAGAGUCCCCGCGUGAUUGGUGUACUUUACACUGCACCGACUUGCGGGCCAUGCAGAUCUCUGAAGCCAAUUUUGAACAAGGUGAUUGACGAGUAUCCAAACGAGGUUCACUUCGUGGAGAUAGACAUUGAGGAGGACCCUGAAAUCGCUGAAGCUGGUGGUAUCAUGGGCACACCCACAGUUCAGUUCUUCAAAAAUAAGCAAAUGAUUAAGAGUAUAUCGGGUGUUAAAAUGAAAAAGGAGUACCGGGAGAUAAUUGAGGCCAACCUCAAGUAAUCACUCUGAGGAUCAUUUAUGUUUCCAGAAUACCAAGUGGUCAGGUUUUAGUAGCGUUUUGUCACAUGGCCCAGGAAAUGCUGGUGUUGUAGUUUUAGAGUAGGAAAUGGUUACUUUGUAUUGAGGCUGUAAGAUGACACGGAUGCACCAACACAGAACCUAGUUUCUGGAAUUGGUGGUAUUUUUGCGUCACAGUUAGCGAAAAUUUAAUUUAGAACGUAAAGAGCUGAAUCUUAUUUGUCAGUUCUACAUGUCAGCAUAUGAGUACAGUAGAAGGCUAUUCCAGGAACAUCCGCAGUUGGGAUAUGGUCUUUGGAAGCCAUGCUUCUUGUGACUUCUCAGUUCUAUAGGAAUCAUUCUUUUGUGUUCAGUCCUCUCUUUUGGGUAUGUGGCACAAUAAUGGAUUUGUGCAGGGUGGCCAAAUAAUAUAACUCCUAACGUUCAUCUC